AUGGAAUAUGUGCCAUUCGAUGAAUUGGCGCUAAAGUGGGGGCUGUACUCGGAUCAAGUUAUCUGGACUGGGAGAUCAACCUUCACAGAUGUCGCAUACACUUUGGAAAACAUCACCAGAGAUGACAACCAGCCUGCACGAAUUUACUGGACUCCAGUUGGCUGCUAUCAGGAGGAAUUGACCGCAAUAAUUAUUCCUUACCGCAACCGAUUUGCUAAUCUCUCCGUCUUCCUCAACCAUAUGCAUCCAUUUUUGCGACACCAACGUCGACGGUACACAAUUUUCGUGAUCGAACAGGUCACACCAACGAUAUUUAACAGAGCUGCCUUAUUGAAUAUUGGAUUCAGAGAGGCCGUUAGAGCAGGCAAUUAUAGCUGCUUUAUUUUCCACGACGUCGAUCGCCUACCCGAGGAUGCCAGGAUGAUUUACGGAUGCGAGGAUCAACCACUUCAUAUGGCUGUACUGACUGAUGAGUUUAAUUACACAAUGCAUUACGAAGGCUUUCUUGGUGGAGCACUGGCGAUGACUCGAAUGCAAUUUGAGAAAGCUCGUGGAUUCGCAAAUACGUACUUUGGAUGGGGUGGCGAAGACGAUGAAAUGUAUAAUCGACUUAAGUUCUCCAACCAACCAUUUAUGAGACGCAACUACACAUUGUCCCGAUACAAGAGGCUGACUCGAUCUCGUCAAUAUUGGCAAAAGGAUACCUACCAAGAUAUCCAAUAUAGAAUUCAGCAGAGCGGAUUGAGAUACAAUGGACUUUACUACCAUUUCAAUGUCAGUAUUUUACACCCGACUGUGGAAUAUUCGAGAGCAAUAGGAUCUUCAUAA